ACAAGAGUUAGUACUUAGUAAGUCAUGGCCAACCUAUACUACAAGUUAUAAAUGUGAAUGCUAAUGAAAGAAGACCUCAAAUAUUACUCCUAGAAUUUUAAUGGAUCAAAAAAAGACUAAUUUCUGGUAUGACCUUCUCUUGAGAUAGAGCCUCCGGAUGCUAUGAGAAUACAAAGCCACUGACGUCGUGAGACAGAGCCACCGACCCCAUGAGACACAUGGGAGGAGUGGAUUAGGGCUGGUUAGGGUGAUCAAAGUUGGUGUGCCGCAGCGAUUGGGUGGCUAGACGGGGUGGAGUUGGUUAGCGCGGCAGAGCAAGUUCCGUUUGGGUGACACUGAUGGAGAGGAGAUUGGCCGGGACUGGGAGGGGACUUGAAUUGGGGAUGGGGGGGGAUGGGGAGGUAAGUCGAGAUGGGGCGGUAGGCAGUGGCGGCGGUGGUCGGCCGGAGUGAUGGCUAUGACUGUGCCUGGAGGGGUAGUGGGGUGGGCGCAGGUAUAUGUGGACUGGUUUUGGAGUGUUAUGACAUGGGGGUGGGCAGGGUGGUCUAGGAACACAGAAGUAGUGGUGGGAUGAUAGAGUUAGCGGGGCGGCGGUGUGGGAUGGUCACUAGUCAGUUGCGGAGGUGGACGGACAAACAAGAUUUAAUUUGGAUGGGUCAACCAAAUUUGGGCAGAGCGAGUUGUUCGCUGGAUGAGUUACACGCUCGCAAGGAUGGAAAGACGAAUCAACGAAGUUGAGGAAAAUUUGUUAGAAUUUGGAAGGAAAAUGGAUAGAAGUCUGUGGAAGUUCCAGACGGAUAUGGAGGUGAAUCUGGCUGCGAUGGAAGCCGCGAUACAAGCUAGCAUCGCAGAUGUGCAGAACAGACUUCAAAAUCGGUCGCAAAACCGAUCGCACACGUCACAAUCAUCACAUCGCGACUCUCAUCAUCACACGCGAAAGUCAACAAAUUCAGAAGAAUCCGAAGAGCGAAGGCAUCACAGAAAAUCUGGCGACCGAACGAGGGACAGUAGGCGUCAUCCGCUAUCGCGAGCAGAGUCGCGAUCUGUUUCUUCUCAUAGUCCGCAAUCGCGAACUUCACACCAAUCUUCGCAUAGUUAUGGACACCGUUCUUCGCAUAUCUAUUCGCAUCGUUCCUCUCCUCGCUCGUCACAGAAGGAGUUGCAAAAGAAAUCGCGAACAGAGUCGUCAUCUUCAUCUCGAACAAUAGCUUCCAAUUCCUAGGUUUCUUCUCAGUCGCGAACAACUCCUCAUAAGUCGUCGCCAGAUCCUAGACCGCAGACUUCUGCGUUGGCCUACCCUCACAGUUCACAGACGUCCUCUCUAUCUGUUUCUCUGAAUUCUCAGGAUGAGACACAAUCGGCUUCUCCCAGUACACCAAAGUCUUUUCAAAUUGCUUCUCACAGUCCACAGUUUCUACCGCUCGGCAUGGAGCUGGCUAGCUGGCAGCAACCUCACUCAGAAGAUACUCCCAUCUAUGAUAACGAAGGAAGAGAGGUGAAAUCUUCUGUCGUUACUCACACCUCAACUGCCAUGGACAAUGAAUACGGUGAUGAUAAUUAUAAAGUGGAGAACAAGGUUGUUCCGGAAAUCUCUCUAGGUGGUGAAAAUUCAGCGGCACCUAAUAGUAUGGAAAAGCUAGUUGGAAAUAUAGGAGUGGAACACUGCCCACUUGGAAGAGUUGUUAAUGCUCCUAUCUCCUCUCUGGGCUAAUAAAGUUAGGGGCAGAUCAGGACAGGGAAGCAAAGAGGUUUCAGGAAUCCUUCUGUAAUGGACUAGACUGUUUGGAAAACAGUUUACACGCACAUCAGGCCAUAGUAAUGAAUGGGUGUACAUGGAUUGGAAUAGAAUUCAUCCCUCUAUUUCUGCUGUGGAAUAUGAGCUUAUAAAUGUUGGGUUUAAUGAUGGGUUAUCUGAAGCUAACAGGUGGAAUGGAUUUCUCCAUAGAAAUGAUUUGGAUGCAAUAGGUAUGGAUGAUAUAGAGCUGAUCCACAGAGCCAAUCUAUCAGCUGAUAGAAAUAGUGUGAGGGGUAUGGUUGUGGUUGUUAUCCCAUCAGGAAGAUUCAGUUCUAAAUGGGAAGUUGUUCUGGGUUCAUCCUAUCGAAUCCCAUUCGAAGGAAGCACUGAAGAGGCCCCAUCUACAUAUUCAUCUGAUGACGACUACUCCCACAAACAGAAUCUUCUUAAGUGGCAUGGCAGUCCCACUUUUGAUGCUAAAAAGGGAAAAGUUUGUGAUAGUAUAAGCAUUGUGUGUGGUAAUAUACCUCAAAAGAAUCCCAGCAACAUCCAGCAGUAUAGAAGAUGGAUUAUAUACAUGGUAAAGGGUGUCAAGUGGACUAGUAUUCAGUUUAGAAACACAGCCAUUGGGAUAGAUUUCAAUGACUCUAUUGAUCCUGGGAAAUACAUGACAAAUGUUGAAAUUUCAAGGAGUGAAGCAACUGAAACUGAAAGAUUUGAGUUAUAUCCUGUAUCAAGAGCUAUUAACAAAUGGAAGAAUGAGCAAGGGAUGAUAGGUCAAGAUCAGUACCAUCAUGAUCAAAGACACAAGACUAAUAUUGAUGAUGGGAAGGAAGAGGAGCUAAUGCUGUUUUUGCAAGAAGCAGUGAGAAGGAAGAUUCAAGUCAUGGAGUUUAGGAUCCUGAAAUUUGAAAGAUAUUGGGAAGGAAGAGGUGCAAGGAAGAAGAAGAAAGAGAUGAUUUUGGUUGUCUCCUUCCGCCCACCUUGAGGGCAAGGUGGAUGUUUAGGGGGGGAGUAUUGUUAGGGACCUACCCAUUAAUGUUAUAUUAAUAAUAGAAGUAAUAAUAAUAAUAAAAUUAGUAAUAAGGGUCCCUAUUAUAAAUAGAGGGGAAGGGGGAGUAGUAGAGGAGGCUUUUGGGACUUUUGUCUGGGACUGGGAAGAUUUGAGACUAGCCGUCUCUAUCUUUUGGGAAGCUUCGGCUUUGGUUACCGUGUUUCCCCUGCAUAGAGGGCAAAUUGAGGGGUUUAGCAAGAUUCUAAAGCGAAUAAGCUUAUCAGAUAUUGGCAGAAUUCCUUUGAAAAGUCUCCACUGAAAUAAUUGCAAUUUGAGUUGCAAUUUAGGAUGCCACAUAUGUUUUUAUGAAAAAGUAGAACCCAUUAUUGUGUCUCACAGAAUUACAAGCAGAUUUAAAAUUAAAUUGACCAUCUUUUGAAUUUGUCCAGAUUAAUUCCUAAGCUGAAGAGUCCACAAGAGAAAUUAACAGAGCAAAUUCUUUUCCAAACUGCUGAAUCUGUCACUCAGUCACUCUAGCUAUAGGACUUGUUUGGCAAUCCGGAUGGCGGUUAGCGAUUGACGGAUUGAGUUAGCGGGUUUUUUACAUCGGAUUGAGUCAGCAGGUUUGACCGGUGGAUUAGUUUGGCGGGUUACAAAAAGAUGUUUGGUAAUUUAAAUGUUUGCCCAACAUCAGAAACUCACAAUUUCUAAAAUCAAGCUGGAUGAAUAAUGAUUGCUCCUGGACCGAUACCAACGAUGAGAUUAGAGUUCUUUUCGUGGUGUCCAGAUCCCUAAAAACAUUGGUCAUAUCCUUAUAGUGCUUAUUCAUAAAGAACCUAAUGCUUUCCAAUUUAGGCCUAUAAUUCUCAGUAAUUACAUCAAUAAAAUCUUUACGAAAGUUAUCACAAUAAGGAUCACUCCCCUGCUUUCUAAAAUUAUCAUUGUCGAGCAAACUGCUUUAAAAAAAGGUAAGGAAAUUUCGGAUAGUAUUCUUGUUCUUCAAAAGCUGGUAAAUCAUAUUCAUAAGAAAUGAGGGGUCAAAAUAUCAUUUUUAAGUCUGAUAUGGUGAAAGCAUUGGACAGAAUUUCGUGGGUCUUUAUUAAGCAUGUGUUGAACAGUUGGGUUUCAACCCAACUUUUACAAUUCUUAUCAUGAACAACUUAAUGGUGCUCGAUCUAAAAUGUUGUUUCAAACCCUCAAGAGGUGUUAAGCAAGGGAAACCUCUUUCCAUUCUGUUUAUUAUGGUUGUUGAGAUUCUAUCAAGGCAGAUUAAUACAUUCUGCCGAACAGGUAAAGGUACUGCUUAUCACAUUCAUAGAGGUAUGCCAAAUAUAAACCACCUUUCCUUUGGUGAUGACCUUAUAAAUUGUUCUCUCUAAUGCUGAAAAAAACACUUGUUAAGCUCAACAAAAUCAUCUCUGAUCAUGAAAAAUUUUCAGGACAGUUUAUUAAUAAAGAUAAAGCUUUUAUCUUAUUUAUAAGCAUGCAAAAAACCAUAGUAACUUGAUUGUUAACAACAUCUUUCAAAUAAAAAGAGGAUCCUUCUCCUUCACUUAUCCUCACUUAAAUUAUCUGGGGGCUGAUAUCUUCACUGACAGAACCCUUAAAUACUUAAGGAAUAAGGAUAUUAAAUACUACGUACAAUAAAUAAGAAAGGCUUACCUUGACAGCCUUGAAUGUAAACUAUUUCUUAUUAUUUAAGAUAAUAGAUAUGUUAUUAUCUUUAAACUUCACUAGAAAGUAAUAUCCACUUGUGUGUAUAUUCAAAGCGUUGGUGUAUAUUCAAGGGUUUGGAGUAUGCAGAAAGUCAUGAAUGAGUUAAAGUGAAUUGAAGUACUGCCACUAUAAGUGUAUAAGCAUUGUUGAUUAUGCUUAUGAGCAUUUGGGUGAUGUCGUGUAUGUUGAGUUACCCGAAGUUGGGAACGAUGUGAAACAGGGCACGAGUUUUAGUACGGUUGAGAGUGUCAAGUCCACUAGUGAUAUCUACUCUCCUAGUGUUUUAAAUAGCCGUAGCGACAGCCGUAGCGGCAGCGGUAGCGGUCAUCUCGGUAGCGGCCUGUAGCUGCCUAUAGCGGUUGCAGCGGCGUGAAAUAUUUUAGAGUUUGCUACCAUAAUGUAUGUGAUACAUGUACAUUUAAUUUAGAGUUUCACACUAUGCAUCAUUAUUAUUUAUUAAUGUAUUUUUUCACAGCAUGCACACAACAUUUACACAUUUACAAAUCAACCGGUUCGUGUUGUAGCGACCAGUAGCGGCUGGUAGUGGGCUGUAGCGGGCGGCGUAGCGGGAUUUUUCUGUGAUUUGAAAAUCACACCCUAAUAGCGGCCCGUAGCGGUAGCGAUACCUACCGCGACCGCUAUAUAGCGGCCGCUAUAGUGGUAGUGGACCGCUAUUUAAAACAUUGACUCUCCCUGUUUCUGGCGAGUAGUUGAAGUUAAUGAGAAACCAAGUGAAUCACCUUGUCAGGUUAAUGGAAUCCAUAUAAAGAUUGAUGGAUCAUUGAUGAUGAUCAUUAAAGAUGGAGAUAAUUGAUGAUGAAAGCCAAAGCUUUCCAAUGUGUCAUGCGAAGAUUCUCAUCUCAUGCUUAUAAUAUGGCUCAAUUGAAGCUUCAAUACCAUACCUAUAGACAUCACUGGCGGAGCCAGAAAAACGGGCCAAGGGUCGAAAAUAAACUAUGUACAAAAUGAAAAUGGUACAUCGUUUUUAGACAAUGUUCGAAUUGAAUGUUUCAUUUGUAGUUUAGAUAAAUAGGCAUUCGUAAGCAAUAAGAUAUACUGUCUUUGCUCUGUUUUUGAAUCAUGUUACGUAACUAAUGAAUUAAUUAUACGUUAUUCAUAAAAGGGAAAAUGUGCAAAUAGGCCCAUGUACUAAUCAAAAAAGGUCAAAUAAGCCCUUAUUUAGGAGACUUUGUCCGGCCGUCGUCAUUUGGGGUGGUUCCCGGUGGAAUUUUUUGAUGAUAUUUUUUAAGCAUCUUAUUCAUCAAGUCUAGUUACUCAUACCAAAUUUCAGCUAAAACUUCAAUCGGGAAGGCAUUCAAAUGAAUUCUUGAAGAUAACUGCGCUUCCCGAUUGAAGUUUGAAUGCCUUCCCGAUUGAAGUUUUAGCUGAAAUUUGGUAUGAGUAAACUAGACUUAAUGAAUAAGAUGCUCAAAAAAUUCCUAACGGGAACCACCCCAAAUGACGACGGCCGGACAGAGCUUCCUAAAUAAGGGCUUAUUUGACCUUUUUUGGUUAGUACAUGGGCCUAUUUGCACCUUUUCCCUUCAUAAAAUUUGGGAAAAUAAUCAAUAUUAUGCAUCAAAAUUUGCUGAUUUUCCAGAAGUCAUAACUUUUUACUCGUAAUGAGUUACAGGGGCAAUAAUAUAUCAAAUCGAAGGUAUUUCAGAGUUUUAUACUCUCAAACUUUCAGCGGGCUCGGCUGACCUCUUUGACCCCCCCUUGGCUCCGCCCCUGCCUAUAGUGAUUUUUUGACUGAUUAUUAGUUUUGCUUUUGGAGUUAUCAUUUACCCUCAUCCACAACAAGUGUCAGAACAUGAACUAUUUAACCUUCUUACAUGGUGUAAUUCAUAAUAAUCUUCUACUCAAUUUUUUAACCAUAUUUACCUAAUUUAAAAUGGGUCAUUACUAUUACAUUGGGCAACAAUCGCGUGCGUACACCGCUAGUACGAAGUAUAUAAGCUGUUGACAAACUUCCAUCAUUCACUAUAAACAUUCUAAAUUAAGUCGUUUUAUACUUUUACCAAGUAGGGCUGUAGGGACUGAAAUAAAGAUUAUUUCGCUCAAAUGGAUUACAGAAAAAUAUGAGCUAGCGCAUGAAAUUACGACCUUUCUCCCCUUUUAAAUGUCCCGUUUUACCAUAUUGAGGUGUCCCUAUUUAAUUGUGUCAUACCUUAUCUGGUAAAGUUUAUGUGGUUCAAAAUCAUUCUUACUUUAUCUUUACUUUGUGAAUUAAUAUCAACCACACAAACCCACUUUUCUUAAAACUUGUGUCACCCUCAUCCAGGACAUUUAAAACGGGACGGAGGGAGUAUAUGAUAAUAUGAGGUCCCCUAUACUCCUAUAGUUUCUUUAAAUUGGUGCUCGGCUUUUGUGAUUCUAUUGAGUUAGUUUUAUCAUUUGGUAGAGUACGAUAUACAAGUAUACAACGGAUUAUGUUGGCGUGCUCAUUUUUAGUUGACUUAUAAUGUAAAGAGGGAAUCGGGAAUGAAACUAGUAACUCUGUCCCACUCAAAUUUGUCAAGUUUAUAUUUGUUUAUGUAGGAACUCACACCACUUGGGAGUGAAAAGGUUGCAAGUGAUGAUUUUAUCAUUUUGUUGUUAUAUGUUCAUUGUUGGGAAAGUAGUCUAUGAAAGUAGUCUAUGAAUUAUAGCUAGCGAUCAAAUUCCCAAUUUUGAGAUUUUCGUUUUUAUUUCUUUGAUCUUUCCUUAAUUCUUCUUUUGUGUACAGAUUUUUAACAUGUAAUAAGAGCUAGGAAAGUUGAACCAACACAUACAUGCCAAAUGAUUUCCAGAAUUUAUAGCAACUGAAAGUGGUUUUAUUUUGUGUUAAUUUUUGGCACAAAACUUGUGCCAUUAGUUCUUCUCCUAGCUAGCAGUUUGUUUAUUCAGUUUAGGAAUUGAAAGUGUGUAUGUGUGGUCUUAUUUCAAUAAACUCUGAUAUGAUGAAUUCUAUUUUGAUGAAAAUUUGAAAGGCCAUUCUUCACUUUUAUAGCAGAAAAGCUGUAAGCAUCCACAAGCACCACUGCGUUCUUCAUGCCUCUUUCUACUCACACAUUGCCUCUUUCUAUUCUCUUUUAAAAGAAAAUGACUAUAGGAAUUACAACUUUGACUGAUAGGUAUAUGAGCAUAUCCAAUAAGGACUUUUAUUGGAAAGUUAUUCAUCAGUUGAUUAAGCUCUACAAAUGUACUUUUCACAAAAACAACAAUAUGGUGCAAUAGUGUCUUCCUAUUCUUAUAUUCUUAAAUAAGCACUAAAAUUGAAUGCUUUUUUAUGUACAGUUCUUACCAACCACCUUUGUUAGAGUAGGAGUUAUUGUUUCACCAUUCAAUUAAAUUAAAUGAACCGAAGUUUUAAAGAACAACCAUCUUUUCAUCAGGGGCACCCCAUUUGAACCCCUGUUGAUCAUAACCCUUUAGGAGUAAUAAUGGUUGCUUAAAUAUCUAAACUAGAAAUAAUAUCACAUUUUGCUGAUUUGUGUUUGUCAAUGCAUAUAGGAAUCAGAAGACUAAUUUUACAUCUGUAUCAUCGGAACAAGAUGCUCUUGGAAUUCUACUAAGUGAAAAUUCUCAGCAGUUCAAUAUCAUAAUUAAACAAUGCAACUCUUGCCCCUGAUGGUUCAGAGGAAAAGUAUGUAUUAAAAGCAAAAGUGAUUCUGAGUCAUGUGCCAAUAUGGGUGACAUGUUUGGCGGAUGCCAUUGUGUUUUCGGAAUCAUUCCCCUUAUUCAUGAAGCAAGGAGCUACGAUGAACAGGUCCAUUGAUUUAAACCUCAAAAUACCAACUGGUUGACUCUACUCUUAAAACCUUUAUUAGCCUUUCUGUGGGUCAUAUUAUAUUCUAAUAUAUUAUUGUCUUUUUGUUCCUAUUAUGAAUGUCGUGUGAGUUGUGACUAGAAGGCCUCUGGAAUACCAAUGCUUCAAAUAAUAGGAACAACUGUAUUUCAUCUAUUCUCUCUAGGGUGUUGCUAGGUGCACCCUGAAAAUUACUUAAUGCAACCUCAAUUUGACUACUUUAUCCUUUUAAAAAUUUUAAUUAGAAA